CUAACAUGCGAGAUCCGUAGACCCGACUCAACUGCGCGGUCACAUCCCGCCCCGACUUCCCCUCUCCCAGCGGCCUGGUGGUUUGAGAUGAGUAGAAGAUGUCGGUUUCGGGGCUGAAGGCCGAAUUGAAGUUUUUGGAGUCAAUUUUUGACCCAAACCACGAACGAUUCAGAAUAUUAGACUGGAAACCCGAUGAACUCAGCUGCCAAUUCAACGUAACCGGAGAGAAGCUGCUGAUCAUUCACUGCAACAUCACGGAAUCCUAUCCCUCAACGCCGCCAAUAUGGUUUGUUGACUCAGAUGAUCCUAGUCUGGCUGACGUGUUGGAACGCUUGGAGGAUGUAAGAAGAGGUAGCACAUUGCUUCUUCAGCAGUUGAAGCGCCUCAUUUGUGAUCUCUGUCGGCUUUACAACCUGCCACAGCAUCCAGAUGUAGAAAUGCUUGACCAGCCUCUUCCUGCUGGCCCAAUUACCCAAGAGCGAAAGCAUGGGCCACCAGAUGAGGUGACAUCUGAGGAGGAAGAGGAGGAAGAAAUGGGAGAGGACAUUGACCUGGACCAAGAUCUGGACCAUUACGACAUGAAAGAAGAGGAGCCAGUAGAUGGAAAAAAGUCAGAAGAUGACGGGAUAGAAAAAGAAAAUCUUGCCAUCUUGGAGAAGAUUCGUAAAAACCAGAGACAGGAUCACUUGAAUGGUGCCGUGUCUGGCUCGGUGCAAGCCUCGGACCGCCUAAUGAAGGAACUCAGGGAGAUCUACAGAUCACAGAGUUACAAGACAGGUAUUUAUUCAGUCGAACUUGUCGGUGACAGCCUUUAUGAAUGGCAUGUCAAGUUAAGAACGGUAGACCCAGAUAGUCCAUUACAUAGUGACUUGCAGGUCUUAAAAGAAAAGGAAGGAGUGGACUACAUUCUGCUCAAUUUCUCUUAUAAAGAUAAUUUUCCUUUUGACCCACCUUUUGUACGGGUUGUCUCACCUGUGCUCUCCGGAGGUUAUGUUCUAGGAGGAGGAGCCUUGUGCAUGGAACUUCUCACAAAACAGGGCUGGAGCAGUGCCUAUUCCAUAGAGUCUGUCAUUAUGCAGAUAAAUGCCACUCUGGUUAAAGGAAAGGCCAGGGUGCAGUUUGGAGCCAAUAAGAACCAGUACAAUCUUGCCAGAGCACAACAGUCGUACAAAUCCCUUGUGCAGAUACAUGAAAAGAAUGGCUGGUACACACCACCUAAAGAGGACGGAUAAGGAGCUACUGCCACUAUGCACUGAGAACAUGUCUUUGGGUCAAAGUAUCUUGUUUUCUUUGGAAUCUUUUCCUCCCUUUGACUUAACUGGGGAUAUAUCAUCUUUCUCGCGGAAACCAUUUUGUUGGCUCAUCUGACAAGUAUUCCUUCGCCCACUCCAGGAAAGACUUUAUUCUGGUAUCACUUGGCUUCUCCCCUCAGUGUUUUAUUGAGGACAAUGUGAGAGAAUCACUACUCCGGUGUUUUUGUUUUGUUUUGGGUUUUUUUCUUAAUGCUCAUUUGUCUUUCAAAAAAAAAAAACUUUUCUCCUUAAAUGUGAGGAAAGGCGUUUUCUCUAGCUGCUUUGACAAAAUGGGCUUCACAAACAGUCAGUUAUCCCUCUUUAAACAGGAAUUUUAAAAGAUUGAUACCGAAGCUCUACAAGUGGCACCUCACUGCACCUGUUUUUAUCCACCCCAAUUUUUUGUUUAGUCUUUUUUUUUUUUCUCUUUCGGAAAUGAACUGGUACAUAAAUGCAUAUACUGUUUUAGAAAUAUUAUUUGGCAAGUGUUUUUUUUUUUUAAUUAUUAUUAUUUGAGCAUCCUAGACAAUAAAUGAGCCAUUUUUUUAGAUGUUGGAAGUUUAUCUUUAAGUCGAGAUAACCUACCACUCUGUAUCUUUUUAGCUUUUUUAAAAAUGUGCAAAGAAUAUUAGGCCAGGCAGAAUCAAAGUGAUACCAUGUUGUUGAACUAGGAGUUACUGGCUGCUGUUGGUGAACAAAUUCAUCGGUGGUUAAUAAUAAAACAGGGCCAAAGGACAUGAUACAUCUGAUAAUCUGCACAUUUCUAGUCUUGGGAAGAGGAAUACAUUGAUGCAUUUUCACCAGAAGAUGAUGAGAUGAGUGUUAGGGCAUCAUCUUGGAAGUUCUAACAGAUUUAAUGUUGAAGCUAAAGAGCUCUUUUUGCCUUAUUUCUGUUAACACAUUGGCCCCACAAGUGCUCAGUUUGGCUAUUGGUCUUUCUAUUGAUUAUAGCUGUAGUGGUUGAUUGCUGGUUUGAUGCAGAAAAUGAAGCCCUGUGUGCAAAAGUCACAGCUCGUUGCACAGGUGCCUCGUCUUAAGCACUGUUGUAAAACAUAGUUGGCUUUCAUUACAGUCAGUUAAGCUGAACUGUGCUAGGAUGGGCUUUAGAGAGGGAUUCAGUUAAGUGUGUGUGGAUGUGAUUUUCUUUCCAUCAUGGUUUGUCCUGGCCCAGUUUAGAUUGGAAACUGCUAACCUGUCACAUGACGUCACAUGCAGCUGGAUUCAUCCCCUCUCUGGUUUUCUCAACAUCCAUCACUUGCAGGGCUUCCUUUGCCACAAUAAUAUAUCACAAAGGUUUCUGUGUCGCUUUUGGUUUGUAACAAGAUGGAUCCUUAGUAGUGUGAUGCGAACUAACCUGAAAAUCUGUACGUUUUACCUUUUGAGCAUGCAAUAUAUUGUAGUACGUCAUCAGUACUGCUGUUGCCCAUACUACAGGACACACACUGUAUCUAUCUGUUGGCUCUUUUGCAGUUUAUUUGUUAACACUGUCUGCAAAAGUAUGUUUGAAUGGCAACUCAGGUAACAAACAAUACUUAGGAGGGGAAUCUGUACAUGUACGUGUUGGGUUUGGGGGUUAUUUUCCUGAAUUAGUUGACGCUGAUGUUUAGGCUUUUGUCACCCACUGAUUUGAUGUCAGAAACAGAAAAUGCAGUGAGCUUUACGAUAAUAUGGGCCACGUGUUUCUUUUAAUUCAGGCGAUGCAAGAGGAAGGACAUUUACAGAAAGAUGCCAUUGUAACAGGAUUGCAGUAGCAUGAUGACACAUGUAAUCGCUCAUCAAUACCCACUGUAGUAUUUUUUUAAAAAACAACAAAAAAAAAACCCUUUUUUAUUUUGCUUUUGCUUUGUUCCUCGCAAGUACUGAAGUAGGUUUGAUUUCAGUAUGUGAUCUUUAAAUAUUCCAGAUAAAAAUAUUUGCACAACUGGCAACAAGCCUGGAGAGGUCAAGUAUAACGACAAACAUGUUUUAAAUCAGGAAACAUGUUUUUUUUUGUUUGUUUUUUUUCCUCAGCACAUGUCCUGUUGUUACAUGUCUAAGGGGGGGCUGAGGGAGGAGGAGUUAUCAUCAAGAAGAACCUCUAAAGGGCCUGUGUUGUCUGGCGGCACAGGAAAGUUGGACCAUAAACUUUUUGAAGUUUUGAGUACAACCUCUGCCGCUACACAGCCUUUAUCCACCUGUGUGAGACUCCCUCGUAAAUGCCAAAACUCUGGUCAGAGGGGAUAUUAAGAGACGUUUGAAGUUUGAUAGUCAUGCCGUGGUGAAUAGACUUGCACGCUACUUUAACUGGACUGUGUGUUGAAAAGAUCUAUUUGUCUCAAUUGUCUAUUCAUUUACUGGCACCAACAAACAGAUGAUCAAAUCUGGCACCGUUAGCUCAUUUUGUUUUUCAUUUUCCAUUUGAAGAAAUUUUGACCAUGUACAGUAAUUUGUAAACUUGCAUCAAGUUUAUGAAUAAAGAAUUUUAAGAUUA